AUGAGUGAGCAGCAGCAGCAGCAGCAGCAGCAGCAGUCUGCCUCAGGUGUGGGGAGGCAUAGGCAUGGUGGCAAGAAUCACCUGGAGGCAGGCAGCUCUGUCCACAGAGGAGAGAGCAAAUUUGAGUGUCAGCAGUGUGAUAAAACUUUUAGAUCCAAACAUGGGCUUAGGGGACACAUUCUGAGGCACAGUGGUGUUAGAAAUUAUGAUUGUUUUCAAUGUAGGAAAAAAUUCAUCACAAAGUCUGAGCUCACCACACAUAUCAUGACACACAGUGGUGUUAGAAAUUAUGAGUGUCUGGAAUGUGGAAAGAAAUUUACCAGAAAGUCUUACCUCACCAGUCACAGCCUGAUACACAGUGGUGUUAGAAAUUAUGAGUGUCUGGAAUGUGGAAAAAAAUUUACCAGAAAACGUAUCCUCACCACACACACCCUGACACACAGUAAUGUUAGAAAUUAUGAGUGUCUGGAAUGUGGAAAGAAAUUUACCACAAAGUAUCAACUCGCCACACACACCCUGAUACACAGUGGUGUUAAAAAUUAUGAGUGUCCAGAAUGUGGAAAGAAAUUUACAAUAAAGGGUAACCUUGCCAAACACACCCUGACUCACAGUGGUGUUAGAAAUUAUGAGUGUCUGGAAUGUGGAAAGAAAUUUACUGAGCAGUGUUACCUCACCAGACACACCCUGACACACAGUGGUGUAAAAAAUUAUGAGUGUCUGGAAUGUGGAAAGAAAUUUACCCAAAAGGGUGACCUCACCACACACACCCUGAGACACAGUGGUGUAAGAAAUUAUGAGUGUGAAGAGUGUGGCAAAAGAUUUACUACCAGUUCUGAGCUUGAUAAACACACCUUCAGACACACUGGCUUGAGGGAGUUCAAGUGUGAUGUUUGUGGGAAGUGUUUCAAGACAAAGUCUGACAUUAUCAGGCACGUGAGGAUCCACUUUACCACAAAGGGUGACCUCACCACACACACCCUGAUAUACAGUGGUGUUAGAAUUUAUGAGUGUCUAGAAUGUGGGAAGAAAUUUCUUACAAAGUCUCAGCUCACCACACACACCCUGACACACAGUGGUGUUAGAAAUUAUGAGUGUCUUCAAUGUGGAAAAAAAUUCUUCACAAAGUCUAACCUCACCACACACACCCUGACACACAGUGGUGUUAGAAAUUAUGAGUGUCUGGAAUGUGGAAAGAAAUUUUUCACAAAGUCUCAGCUCACCAGUCACACCGUGACACACAGUGGUGUUAGAAAUUUUGAGUGUCUAGAAUGUGGAAAGAAAUUUGCCAGAAAUGCUGACCUCACCACACACACCCUAACACACAGUGGUGUCAGAAAUUAUGAGUGUCUAGAAUGUGGAAAGAAAUUUACUGCAAGGUCUCACCUCACCACACACAUCCGGAGACACAGUGGUGUUAAAAAUUAUGAGUGUGAAGAGUGUGGUAAAAGAUUUGUUACCAAUUCUGAGCUUAAAUCACAUGCCUUCAGACACACUGGCUUGAGGGAGUUCAAGUGUGAUGUUUGUGGCAAGUGUUUCAAGACAAAGCCUGAAAUUGCCGGGCACAUGAUGGUCCACUUUUGAGGUGGUGUGUUGUGUGGACCAGCCAGGUCACACCCGUGCCUGUGGGAGUGUGUGGUGGAGUUUUUUUCUCCACAUAGGAGGGGCACUGGCCAAGGGCAACAAAAAUUGCAACAAUAAAAAGGGCCACUGAGAUGCUGGUCCCCAUACAGAAUCAAAAGCUUUAUUAAAAAAUUGCAGGGUGUCUUGAAACCUCUCUCUGGAAAGAGUUCAAGUCAUAGGAAGGUGGAAAUACAGAAGAAGGCAGGGAGUUGCAGAGGUUACCAGAGAAAGGGAUGAAUGACUGAGAAUACCUAACAUAGUUAACCUAACUCUUUCCUCAACAAAGGGAAACCAUUAUUCAAGAAAUAAAUUUAUUCCAGCAGUUUGGGUCUUAAGGGCUGAGCAGAAAGAAGCCACUUUUAUUUCCCAUCAUGCAACAGAAAGUCAUACAGAGGAAUUUGUUCAUAUUACUCAAAACAAUGUGCAGCAAUGUCCAAAAUAUUAGUUAACAUAACAUAUUCCAUAAGCAAUUAGGUCAAGACAAAAUAAUAAACAAGUAUGGUACUGCGGCUAAAUUUUUACUCCUUCAUCAGUUUAGCUUUUCCAUAUGAAACUUUUUUUUUUUUUCCUAUUUGAAUUAAUAUGCUAACCUAACCAAAGUAAUGUAACAAAACCAAAGUAAUAUAACCUAAUCAAAAACAAACCCAAAAUAGCUAAAAUAACUUGCUUACCAAAAAAUAGGUACAGAUAGAUAUUUAACAGUUGCUGUCUUCAUUAUAAUUAAUUUGCAGUGGGUAUGUGUGUGGUUCACAUUACUCUGGAGUGACAGACUACAUUUGACGAGAAGGGUAAGAAGAGCCACGCUGAGAGGCGGGCAGCUCUGUCCACAGAGGAGAGAGCAAGCUUGGGUGUCAGCAGUGUGAUAAACCUGACAUCCAAAGACAGAUUUAGGGUACAUUCCCUGGCCCACAGUGGCGUUGCACAAUGUUAGAGUCUGGAAUGUGAAAAGAAAUUUACCGAGCAUUAUCACCUCACCAGACGCACCCUGACGCACGGUGAUCUUAGAAAUUAUUUGUAUGAAGUGUGUGGUAAAAUAUUUACUACGAGUUCUGAGCUCAGUGCACACGCCUUGAGACACACUGGCUUGAGGGAGUUGAAGAGUGAUGUUUGUGGGAAGUGUUUCAAGACAAAGGGUGACCUCACCACUCACUCCCUGACACACAGUGGUAUUAGUAAUUAUGAGUGUCUGCAAUGUGGAAAGAAAUUUGCUUUAAAGGGUGCCCUCACCACACACACCCUGACACACAGUGGUGUCAGAAACUAUGAGUUUCUGGAAUGUGGAAAGAAAUUUACCAAAAAGUCUUCAGACACACUGGCUUGAGGGAGUUCAAGUGUGAUGUUUGUGGGAAGUGUUUCAAGACAAAGGCUGACAUUGCCCGGCAGAUGAGGUCCACUUUUAAGGUGGUGUGUUGUGUGGACCAGUGUGGUCACAUCCAUGUCUGUGGGAAUGUGUGGCAGUGGUGGUAGUGGUGGUGGUGGUGAGCGGUGUGUUGUGUCUGUGGCGGCAGCUGUGCCCUUGUGUGCUGUGAGGGAGUAAUCAUGUGCCUGUGACUAAUUUUUGUGAGUUGUUUCUUUUCAACUUUGUAUUUAAGGUAAAGACUAACUUUUUAACACAUCAUUAACAUUUUGUUAAUAAUGUGUGGUGUUGUGUAGACUGUAAGUGAAGAAAUUAAUAUAUUGUAACCACCCUC